AUGGCCGCUGCAAAUCCAUCAGCUUGCGUUCUAUGGCUUCUAUUCUUAUCAUAUUCGUUCUUGCCCUCCGUUAGCUCCACAGAUGAACUCUCUUUAGUUAUUAGCGAGUCCACCUCUUUGCAGCUAUCACCAAGCUUGAUAGUGGAAAAGUCUCCAGGGUCCAAGCCAGGAACCAAUGUGAAAUGUGAGAGACUUCAUAUCCAUGGCUUUCCAAGGCUUAAACAUUUGAGCAAGUUUGCCAAUUCGAUAAAGAUAAAAGUUUCAUAUGUAAAUCCAAGUGGCCGUCCACUGAAUGUCGAGAUCUGUUUCCACAGUAAUGUGUCCCUUGGGAUAGGGAUGUGCCCUCAAAGUCAGUGGGAGAGACUUACCAAGGGUUUAUGGGUUGGAUCAAUGUCACCUUUUGGUCACAAGCUAUUGGAUAUACGGAUGGGAGCUGCUUCUUCAGAAAGUCUCCACGUGUCCCUUGAUGAAGAAUUUUACUUAUACCGCAUAGUAUUUUUGGUCUUGGGGAUAACGAUGAUGACUCUUGCUUCCUGGCUCAGCAAGUCUCUAGUAUUUUACUACAGUGGUGCAAUGUCUGUAGGAGUUCUUCUUGUGAUAUUGGUGAUCCUUUUCCAGGGAAUGAAGCUUCUUCCAACUGGUCGUAAGAGUUCACUGGCAAUAUUUCUGUACUCAUGCUUUGUAGGCUUAGGGUUUUUCCUUCUUGACUAUAUGCCAAGAUUGUUGCGUUCACUACUUGUGGAGAUUGGAAUUUCUGAAGACUUGUACAAUCCUCUGGCAAUAUUUCUGCAUGUGUUUCUUGUGAUUGCUGGAGCUUGGCUGGGUUAUUGGAUUGUUCGCAAACUUGUACUUACAGAGGAUGGAUCUAUAGAUAUUGGUGUAUCUCAUUUUGUUGCUUGGUCAAUUCGGAUUGUUGCUUCAGUAAUGAUCCUUCAGAGUUCUGAGGAUCAUUUAUUUGAUGCGGAGGCUUUGGUGGCUGGAAUUUUUAUUUCUUCAGCAUUGAAGAAAUUGAGCAAUCCAAAGGUCAUUCGUCGUGUGUACAAAAGAUUGUGUAGACUAGAAAGAAAAUUCGAAAAAUCUCUGGAUCCCUAUGCCUCACAAAUUGAUGAAUCCUAUGUUUCCAGACCUUUCACCAGUUCUCCACGUACUCCUCUUCAAGGUUCAAUUGGCAAAUCAUCUGGUAGGUUGUCAGAUUCGGGGAAUUUCUUUUCUAGCUUCCACAGCACACCUGAGAGAAGAAAAUUUUCGAAGGAUGAAUGGGAGAAAUUCAGUAGGGCUACCACACGCAAGGCACUGGAAGGUCUGGUUUCUUCACCAGAUUUUAACAAAUGGGCUGUAGCUAAUGCAGAUAGAAUAACCUUAGCUCCCAAGAAAGAAGCUCAGGAUCAGCAACGGAGAUGGUUCCAUUGGCUUUGA